UGAAUUAAUUAAUGUAGUCCUUGGAAUAUCCUGGAAUAGAUGCUUGCUGUUUAAAUUUGCAGGGAAGUAUAGGCAAGAAAAUAUCUAGUAGACAAACUGGAGCCCAUAAAAUGGUUUAGACUGGAAGAUAGAUUUGAGUGAAGCCAGGGCAGUGUCUCAGAUAGUUUAGAGAGAGUGUGAAGAUCUGAAGAGGACUAGGGAGGGAUGGGAUCCUGGAAGUACCUUCCAGGACUGACUAGAGAGUUACUCUGUCCUUAGAGUUAUCCAGGCAGGAACCUUAGUCUGGGCCUUGUGCUUUAGAGGUCCUCAUCUGGCCUUUUUCCAGCUAUACUGUUCCUGAGAGGAUGAGGAUUUUGAGGGACUAGUCCAUCUGGAAACCAUUUCUAGAUCAAGCUAAGAGUAUUUGUAUCCCCAAAUUUCCUGUCCACGUGGUCCUUCACAGGUCUCUUCCCUGAUUCUCUCCUCUUAGACUGUACCACAUGUAUGUAUCUCUGGCCUAAGGGUUGGCCAAGUGGCAGCUGUUUGCAGGCAUGUAGGCAGAGGUUAGACAUGUUGUUUGGGAUGUCCACAUGUAUAUAUAUGAGGCUCCUUGUAGUAUGGAGUAGAACCAAAGAUGGGAUGAGAAGAAGGCAGGCUGCAGGGUGGUGGGGAGUAUGGUCUUCACAUUCCCCAUCCCCUUCCCCCAACUGAUGUUGAGUCUGAGAAUGCCAAAUCAGAACUUAGCCUUUUAAGUUUUUAUAAAAGUAUAUAUGUCAAGAUAGUGGGAUAGAAUAAAAUUUACUAGCCUGUUAGUUUGGUCUAUAGCUUUAAAAUAUUUAAGCAUAUGGUAUAUGGGCUUACAUUUGUACUCUUAAAAGUUCCUUGAAAACUAGGGGUGGGCCUGUAACAGGAAAUUGAAAAAGAGUAUCUGGAGAGGGAGAAUUCAAGAUAGUUUCAAGGAGGGCAUAAUCAACAGUGUCAGAUGUUUCAGAGACAUUAAGUCCUAUGAAGACAGAAAUGUAUCCUUUGGAUUUGAUAACCAGAAUUAAUAAAAAUUUCAUUUGGUGAUGAUGGAUACCAAACUUCUGUAGAAAUCAGAAAGUGGAGGCACAGUUUAAACAAUUUUUUUUUUUUUUUUAAGUAGAACUGUAUCUGAGAAAGGAAGAAACUAGAGUGGUAGCUAGAGGGCUAUGCAGGGUCAGGGAGGAGUCAUGUUUAAGAUGAGAGGGUCUUGACUUUCCUGGCGGUCCAGUGGUUAAGACUCCAUGCUUUUACUAUAGUGGGCGUGGGCACAUGUUGUGUGGCAUGGCCAAGAAAUUAAAAAAAAAAAAAAAAACAGAUGAGAGAGUCUUAUAAAUAUUUGGAUGUUGAGGAAAAGAACCCAGUGUUAAGAAAGAGAAAGAUAACGAAAAAGAAGGAAUAAUGAAUGGAACAAGGCCUAAGAUCCAGUGCAUCUGUCAGCAGAUCAGCUUUAGAAAACAUAAGGGCUAUUUGAGGAGGCUUGGAGUGUUUGGAUUUGUGUGAAUGGUAACUUUUGAACAGUGAGCAAAAAAAGUGAAUGGCAGGAGAGUUUAACAGGCAAUAAUAUAUUAAAUGUUGUUCAGUAGUAGUUUUCUGGGUUAGUCUUUUUUUAUUAUUAUUUAAAAAUUUGUUUAAAUUUUUAAAAUUAAUUAUUUUUAAAAAUUGAGAUUAAUCUUUUUAAACUUGAUUUAGUACUCCUGGAGUUCUGGGGUUAUACUUGCAGCCAUGUGUUAAAAUCCUCCUGUUGGUUGAUUGAAAUAUAGCCCAUAAUGUGGGGUAUAGCCUGUGUAUGUGGGAAUCUGUUGUUAUUCAGUAAUUGUCAUUUAGUGAUGACUUAAAACUUUAAGUCUGUUAAAAAACUUUUGAUUCUUCAGUAGCUUAGAAAUAAUUUAUUAUGUUCAUUAUAAAAUGUGUGCCAUCAGGCUUGGAGAUGAUUUGUUGUAGUAAGUACAUAUUGUCUGAAUCACAUCUAUUUUGAAUAAAAUAUUUUUAGUAGAGUUAUAUUAAUACUGUAUUUUUCCCCCCCAUUAGUAGUUCCAGAGUACUGCUGGUUUAUAUUUUAACUCUUGCCAAGUUGUGAAACUAGUGAAGGAUGCUUAGACUACUUAACAUUCAAAUUGCUCUCUGGUUAAUCAUCUUAAGAAGACUGGAUUUCUGGAUAUCAACUCUACUCCAUCUCUAUUGACUUUUAAAAGAUGAUAAUGCAAACCUGUAACACUGACAAUCAUCCAUGAACCUUUAGUUACAGUGAUUGGUAGCGUUUGAAGCUUCCUCAGGGAGUAAACAAUGACAUCAGCAGUGGUUGACAGUGGAGGUUCUAUUUUGGAGCUUCCCAGCAAUGGAGUAGAAAAUCAAGAGGAAAGUGGAAAGGUUUCUGAAUAUCCAGCAGUGAUUGUGGAGCCAGUUCCAAGUGCCAGAUUAGAGCAGGGCUAUGCAGCCCAGGUUCUGGUUUAUGAUGAUGAGACUUAUAUGAUGCAAGAUGUGGCAGAAGAACAAGAAGUUGAGACCGAGAAUGUGGAAACAGUGGAAGCAUCAGUUCAUGGCAGUAAUGCACACUGUACAGAUAAGACAAUUGAAGCUGCUGAAGCCCUGCUUCAUAUGGAAUCUCCUACCUGCUUGAGAGAUUCAAGAAGUCCUGUGGAAGUGUUUGUCCCUCCUUGUGUAUCAACUCCAGAAUUUAUCCAUGCUGCUAUGAGGCCAGAUGUCAUUACAGAAACUGUAGUGGAGGUGUCAACCGAAGAAUCUGAACCAAUGGAUGCCUCUCCUAUUCCGACAUCACCAGAUAGCCAUGAACCAAUGAAAAAGAAAAAAGCUCAAAGGGCUUCGCAGAUUAUCAGAUCUUCUGCAAUAGUUGGGCGUAAACCAAAGACCCAGCAGUCGCCAAUUUCCAAUGGGUCUCCUGACUUAGGUAUAAAGAAGAAACCCAGAGAAGGAAAAGGAAACACAACCUAUCUGUGGGAGUUUCUUUUAGAUCUACUUCAAGAUAAAAAUACUUGUCCUCGGUAUAUUAAGUGGACUCAGAGAGAAAAAGGCAUAUUCAAGCUUGUGGAUUCAAAGGCUGUCUCUAAGCUUUGGGGGAAGCAUAAGAACAAGCCAGACAUGAACUAUGAAACUAUGGGACGAGCUUUGAGAUAUUAUUACCAAAGGGGUAUUCUUGCAAAGGUUGAAGGACAGAGGCUUGUAUAUCAGUUCAAGGAUAUGCCCAAAAACAUAGUGGUCAUAGAUGAUGACAAAAGUGAAACCUGUAGUGAAGAUUUAGCAGCAGCUACUGAUGAAAAAUCAUUAGAACGAGUAUCAUUGUCUGCAGAAAGUCUCUUAAAAGCAGCAACUUCUGUUCGUGGUGGGAAAAACUCAGCCUCCCUGAACUGCUCCAGAGCAGAGAAGGGUGUAGCUAGAGUUGUGAACAUCACUCCCCCUGGUCAUGAUGCUUCAUCCAGGUCUCCCACUACUACCACAUCUGUAUCAGCAACCGCAGCCCCAAGGACAGUUCGUGUGGCAAUGCAAGUACCUGUUGUAAUGACAUCAUUGGGUCAGAAAAUUUCAACUGUGGCAGUUCAGUCAGUUAAUGCAGGUGCACCAUUAAUAACCAGCACUAGUCCGACAACAGCAGCCUCUCCAAAGGUAGUUAUUCAGACAAUCCCUACUGUGAUGCCAGCCUCUACUGAAAAUGGAGACAAAAUCACCAUGCAGCCUGCCAAAAUUAUUACCAUCCCAGCUACACAACUUGCACAGUGUCAGCUGCAGACGAAGUCGAAUCUGAGUGGAUCGGGAAGCAUUAACAUUGUGGGCACCCCUCUGGCUGUGAGAGCACUUACCCCUGUCUCAAUAGCUCACGGGGCCCCUGUAAUGAGACUAUCGGUGCCCCCUCAACAGGCAUCUGGCCAGACUCCUCCCCGGGUUAUCAGCGCUGUCAUAAAAGGGCCAGAGGUUAAAUCAGAAGCAGUGGCGAAAAAGCAGGAACAUGAUGUGAAAACUUUGCAGCUGGUACAAGAAGAAAAACCAGCAGAUGGAAAUAAGACAGUGACCCACGUAGUGGUUGUCAGUGCGCCUUCAGCUCUUGCCCUUCCUGUAACAAUGAAAACGGAAGGACUGGUAACAUGUGAGAAAUAAAACAGCAGCGCUCCCGUGGACAUUAGAAUGUUAGUGAUAGUCCUGGUAUAAGUAUUUGCAAGGAUGUCAUCGAAAGAAGUCAGAAGACUUUAAAACAUCUUUAGUGCAUUUAAGAAAACAAUCAGACUUACUGGAAAUAAAUUACCUAUCCCAUGUUUCAGUGGGAAAUGAACUACAUAUUGAGAUGCUGACAGAAAACUGCCUCUUACAGUAGGAAACAACUGAACCCGUCAAUAAGAAAAAGGACUGAAAGGGACCAAGCAACUCACUACAAUAUCAAGUUACACUAAGACUUGGAACACUAACAUUCUGUAAGAGGUUAUAUAGUUUUCAGUGGGGAGGGAUUGGGAUGGGUGAUCUUGUUGUUACAUAUAGCAAUUUUUGAUGCAUUUUAUAUGCAUACCAGCAAUUAUUACUGUGUUCACACAGAACUCACUUAACUGGUGCUAUGUGAAAACUGCUAAUAUAGGUAUUUUAGAAUGUGAAUUGAAGAAUGGAUCCAAAAGCUUCAGAAAGAGGUUAGCAAAAAAGAUCUAGUGUGUUUUUUUUUUGUUUUUAUCAUAUAGCUUAAGCUGAUUUAAAACAAAGGCCUUAGACUAAUUUUCGGUUUUCUUUAUUGAAAUAAGCUAAUGGCUUGUUUGUGUAAAGCUUUUUUAUUAAAAGAAAAAUUUUAAAAAUCUUGUACCUAGCACAGUAUUGUUAUAGAAUUUACAUGUAACAUUUUAUAUGGUAGUUUAAGUCUGUCAGUUUCUUAAUUGUGGACAAAUUAACAGUUGGCUCUGGCCUUUUGCUAUAACAUGCCUGUUUGUCACUCACUUAGCCCUGGCAUCUGUGCAGACAUAUCCGUUUCAGUUCUACUGUCACUUGGAAGUUAAGGCUCAGCAUGAUUUUUGUCAGGUAACUCUUAAUACCUGGAGUUUUCUUUCUUCCUUUUUUUUUUUUUUUUAGUUGAAGUUUAAGAGGGAAAGUACCAGUGUUCAGAUUUGAACUAUAAUAGUUUGUAUAUUCAACAUUUGAAGUAUAUUCUAUUUUGUUGUACUCUUGUUUCAAAGUGUAUUCAAGUAGGUUUUCUGAAAUAUAGAAAUGAAAUUUACCUUG